UUUUUUUUUUUGACUUUCUUUAUUUUCCAUUAUGGCAAAGUGUACUCAUCAAGGAUGUGGAAAAGAAUUCAGUCUUGACAAUAAUGUCGAUAAUGCUUGUCAAUUCCACUCGGGUGCUCCUGUUUUCCACGAAGGUUUAAAGGGAUGGUCUUGCUGCAAGAAACGUGUGGAUGAUUUUGAUGCCUUUUUAGAAAUCCCUGGAUGUACUUUUGGAAAACAUAGUUUGGAAAAGCCGGAGGUGAAAGAAACAACUCCCAAACAACCCACUGUAGCCACCAAGGUAGAAAAUGGAAUUGAAACUUAUGGAAACAAACCAGCGCCAACUGUAGCACCUAUUACGGAAACACCAGCGGAAACAAAAGAAAAGGAAGUACAAAAAGAGGAAGAACAAGAGGAUGAUGAAUCGAUACCCGUCAAAGUUGGAACAACGUGUCGAAGACGUGGAUGUGGAGUGACAUUUGUGGAUGAAGCAACUUCACGUGGUCCUGAAUCGAUUUGUCAUUAUCAUCCUGGUGCACCCAUUUUCCAUGAAGGAUCAAAAGGUUGGAGUUGUUGUUCUCGCAAGGUAUUGGAAUUUGAUGAAUUUCUCAAGAUCAAGGGAUGCAAGGAAAGACAAGGUCAUUUGUUUGUAGGAAGCAAGAAAGAAGGACAAGAAGAACAAUUGGUGGAUUGCCGUAUGGAUUGGUAUCAAACUCAAACAAAUGUUAUCAUUAGUAUUUUUGCAAAGAAUAAGGAAGAUACACAAGUCAAAUUUACUAGUCGCGCUAUUGAUAUUGAUAUCAAGAUGAAGGAUAAUCAACGAUAUAAGAAACAUUUACCUUUAUUCCAUUUGAUUGAUUGUGAAGGAUCCAAGUUUAAUGCUCUUUCCACUAAAGUUGAAAUCAAUUUGAAAAAGACUAAUGGUAUUUCUUGGGCUGCUUUGGAACCUACCAAGGAUGUCAAAACUUGGACGACUUUUGGUGUAACAGGGACUGGUGGUACUGUGGGAUCAAAAGAGAUUCAUUAUAGUGGUGAUUCACCUUUACAUUUGAAGGAUUAGUAUAGAGUAUUUUUUUUUUUUUUUACUGAUUCAUCUUUGAAUGGAUUUAGUAUAGAUAUAGUUUUGUUUUUA